AUGAGGAAAGAUGUCGGUGACAUCAAGGAAGGUGUACAAUUUGUUGAACUAUCAUCGGGGCAUUGUUUGUACUAUGUUGAUCAGGCUACAGUGGACAAGAAUGUGAAAGAACGAGGAUAUCAAGAUAAUCCAUCAUUGGAACAGAUUGCUUAUUCUGAUCGUAUUAUUGGUAUUUAUGAAGGUGGAUUCAAAGUGUGGGAAAGCGCUAUCGACCUAUGCGAAUACAUAGAUAAAGUUCUGGAACCACAUAUUUUGAGGGACAAAAAGAUUCUCGAGAUUGGGUGUGGCGCGGGAUUACCAUCAAUUUUGGCGUUGCAGAAGGGUGCUAAGGAAGUCGUUUUGCAGGAUUAUAAUGAUAUUGUUGUCAGUUGCUUUACAAAGGAUAAUUUCACGGUCAAUAAUGUAAGCUUGGAGAAUUGCCAAUUUUAUGCCUGCGACUGGGCCACAUUGCAGCAGAAAACAGAUGGUCAGAAGUUUGAUGUUAUUUUAACUUCUGAAACGAUCUACAAUGACGAACAUUACGAGGUUUUGCAUAAUUUGUUUGACGUUGUUCUUCCACCCGAUGGAUUAAUUUUGCUAGCAGCAAAGAUGUUUUACUUUGGUGUUGGUGGCAAUAUACCAAGCUUUUUGGAAUAUGUGAAAACACGUGGCAUAUUCGAUACAUAUAUAUGUUGGAGUAGCGAAACUGAUGUUCCACGAAAGAUUAUACAAUUGACUCGAAAAUUUUGUUCCUAA